CUUUUUAGGUUUGGAUAAGGGAUUGGUUGUUUAUGGUGAAUAGUGAUAUAGAUAUUGGUUAGGUUAUUUUCUAAUGUAUUUUUGCUGAAAUAAACUUGGAGGCGGAGAAAAAAAGGAAACAACAUGUCGAGUGAAGAGAAUGUCAUUCUUUUAUCAUGUCCGUUGACGAGUCCACGACCACAAAGAGAGCCACGACAGAACAGACGAGGGACAAUAAUUGCGAAAAACCUCAAACGGAAAUAUGAAGAGAUGUCAAAAAAUAAGGAAAGUAAACUUGUUGAACAUGGUCUAUCGGAAUUUCCUAAGAAAAAAGCAUCUUUAAACUCUGUCAUGUCAGAAAUGGACAAAUUAGAAGCGAGGUCAAAGGCUGCGAAGAAAAAAUGUAAAAAUAAUGUAAAGGACUGUAAAAUUGUAAAUAAAGACACAUCAUUAGAAGUUAAUAAACAUGCUAUUUCUCCUGUAAAAAGAAGUUCAGAAGAGGUUAAAUUUUCAGAACAAAAAAUUGAAAAAAUGGAAGUUAAUGGACAUGACAAUCAAAAUAACGAACAUGAGAAAGACAACACAAUUCCAGUAAAAAAAAUGAAAACAUGCUCUUUGAAUUCUUCAAAAUCCACAUCUACUGUAAAGGACACUAUUUUGAAAACACACCAAACAGAUAAAAAUGUUAUCAAAAAUAAUUCUAUUCAAUUAGAUCCGUGCGCUAAACGAAAAAUUAAGCUUAAUCGCAGUAAUUUCUCUAAAGCAGCCACCAGAUAGUACUGGGUUAUAUGAUUCACACCAAAAUUUGUUCAACAUUCUUGGGUGAAAGUACCGGUACACAGUUAUUUAGCAAUAUUAUAGUUAUGUUGAAAUCAGUUUUUUGAGUAUUCAAUUUUUUUUCAUCCUAAUUGAACUACAUUUAAUAAUAGAGCAUUAGUGGCAGCAAUAAUUUAAAAAAACCUUAUUUUGUUUAAUUAAGCCCCGUAUUUUUAACUGCCAAUUUUUAUGAUUUAUCUACAAUAGUGGAAUACCAGUACUAUUUAUUGUUAAACUUUAUCUCUUUUUAAUCAUGAAGAGUGUCUGUUAUUCUAUCAAUAAAAUCAUUAAAAAUUAUGCUCCACUAUAACUUCUGGUUUGAAAAGUAAUUUUUAAAAUUUUUCUCGUGUUGAACUGGAUAAAUCUUUGGUAAAAUUAUUGAAUUUACUUUUAUUGAUCAAUGUCUUGUAUGAAGGUUAAUUCAUUAAGCCAAGUGUAUUUUACAAUUUUACAUCACAUUAUAGUUAGCUCUGAAUUUGACAACUUCGUAAACUUUCAACUUAGCCAAAGACUUCAAAUAAAUAAAUUAAAUACCAGUACCUAAAAUCAGUUUGAAUUUUUUUGAUGUUUGCACCAAAUUGUGUUGAAUUUCAGAUUUAAAGAUUUAAAUUAUUGCUUCUACAGGCCAGAUCAAAUGACUUGCUAGCUGUAUUUCCCAUACUCUGUUUACACUACUGAUCUACAUUCAAUGUUUCCAAUUUUCGCACAUGAAUAUUUUCUCAGUCGCUAUGAAAUUCAAUACCCUAUUUUGAUACUUCAAAUUUCUCUGGUUUUGAAGAAUUACUUUAGUAAUAACACUGUCCUUCGAAAUGCUGUGAUGUUCUUUUAAUGCUGCAUGAUAUGACAAUAUCUGUUUCCUAGAACUGCCAUUAUUCUGAUUCGAUACGCUAAUCGAGCACUGCUAUGACUUUCAUUUCGUUCACUCACUCAAGCAUUUGUUUUUAUAUUUUUAUUGACAAAAG